ACAACCAGCGUCCAGAUUAAGGGGAGAGAGAGAGAGAGGAGAGGAGAGAGAGAGAGGCCAUUAUCAUUGGUUUGCCAGUGAAGCAAUUGCUUCUCCUUCCCCUCGUUCCAUCCUCUCAAUUUCUUGUUCCCCACUUAACUCACUCCAUCGAGAAAUCCACAAUAAAAAUCCCAUCUUUUUUCCCAGAAGUUGGAACAGAGAAUUACAACGUUGGGCGCAGAUCUGUUUCGUCCCCUUCCAAUCUCCGAAGAUCCCGACGUGGGCGCGAGCAGGUGCCAAAGUUUACGGUUCCACUGUUUUGCAGGCCUCGUGGGGAGAAAUGAAUCGCGAUUGUUAAUACAAUUCGAGUGUCAAGAACCAAACUUUACACUAGUUGAUGAUGGGUACCAGGAUUGUUUAACCAAUUCGAGUGUCAAGAACCAAACUUUACACUAGUUUGUGGGAACUUCGGCCAAGGGAGGACAUUGGUGGAGAAGAAGGUUGCGAUGGGGGAUUUCGUGCCGUUUUACUUCAACAUUGUCGCGCUUAUUUGCAUGGUGGGGGCAAUUGUGAUCGCAAUUCGCCACAUUUAUAUGCACCUGGUGAAUUACACGGAGCCAACUUAUCAAAGAUAUAUAGUCCGCAUCAUCUUCAUGGUUCCGGUGUAUGCGUUGACUUCUUUUCUAUCCCUCAUAAUGAACGAGAAUUCAAUUUAUUUCAAUUCCAUUCGUGAAGUGUAUGAAGCUUGGGUUAUUUAUAAUUUCCUAUCACUCUGCCUCGCAUGGGUUGGUGGUCCAGGAGCCGUUGUGCUGAAUUUAACUGGUCGGAUUUUGAAACCUUCUUGGUACUUAAUGACAUGCUGCUUACCUCCCAUGCCAUUGGAUGGGCGCUUCAUUCGUAGGUGCAAACAAGGUUGUUUACAGUUUGUAAUACUGAAGCCUAUUCUAGUUGCUGUCACACUCGUCCUAUACGCUAAGGGAAAAUAUCAUGACGGAAAUUUCAGUCCAGCACAGUCAUACCUGUAUCUCACCAUCAUCUACACUUUAUCGUAUACAAUGGCACUCUUUGCUUUGGUGCUAUUCUAUGUGGCGUGUAAAGAUUUGCUCAAGCCAUUCAAUCCAGUCCCGAAGUUUAUAAUCAUCAAGUCUGUUGUUUUUCUAACUUAUUGGCAGGGCGUCUUGGUUUUCCUUGCUGCAAAGACUGGACUCAUCAGAGAUGCGGAUGAAGCUGCUCAAUUCCAAGAUUUCAUAAUAUGUGUGGAGAUGCUCAUUGCCGCAGUGGGUCACCAAUAUGCCUUUCCAUACAAAGAGUAUGCGGGUGCAAAUAUUGGCGGUUCUCGUAAUUUUACUGCGAGUCUUGCACAUGCACUAAAGUUAACUGACUUUUAUGAUGACACUGUCCACCAGUUCGCACCAACUUACCAUGAAUACGUUCUCUACAACCACGACGGUGGUGAUGAGGGAACAAGGAAAUACAGGUCACGCACCUUUGUGCCGACUGGCCCGGAAAUGGAUGCUGUUAGAAGGAACAAGCACAUGUUUGGUAACAAAAUGGAUGAAGUGCAACUCUCCAGCUUGUCUUCUUCCCCUACUAGCACUCCCAAGAAAUCAUCAGCAGUGCCCGAUUCUGCUACUGGAUCAGAGACCAUGAAGUCUUCCCUCCUUGUUGACCCAUCAAACUCUUCUGCAGUCCCCUACGACAUGUCGCUCAUUGAUGUGGACAUGUCCACUUAUCCUUCCAAUGUUCCUGCAGCAGAUGAAGCUAGACCAAGAUGACUUCUCGAGCAUUUUUGUCCUUCGGUGAAGGUACAACAUUACCGUCGGGCAGACUUAACACGAGGAGGGAAAAAAAAUGAUAGAACAACAGGAUUUUGCAAGUUGUUUGAUUUGGGCACAUGUUGCGCCUACGUUUGUGUAGUGCGAUGCAGAAACUGAGCUAGACUUCUCCCUGAAAGUGUCCUUAUAACAGCCUAAUUCUCUGCUGAGCACUGUAGAUACAGAAAGCUGUUGCAUACUUGUAAGCAGAAAAUAGUCAUGUAAUUAUCUGCACCAGGUUUUUUUUCCCCUAGCUUCUUGGAUGAGCGUUUGCAUUCUUAGACCUAUCUUGGCAUUCCGAUGCUUGUUUGGAGAUCCUUAAUAUAUUUUCAGGUUGCUGCCA